GUCAAUACGUUCCAGGCAGUAAUUGGCUACGAUGAGACAAAUUCAUACGUCAUCUUCCUUUACCCCGAAGGUGGCCUGAACUUCUUUGGGACACUCCCCAAGGAGUCUUAUAAUGUUGAGGUACAGCUGAGUGCUAGAGUUGGCUUCAGCAGAGGAGAAGUCCCAUAUCUGAUCUUCUCCCGAACUGAGGGACCUUACUACAGCAUUACCAGUGAUGAGCAAGGUGUAAAAAACCUCUACCAGGUCGGUAAUACAGGAAUUCCAGGUGUUUGGGUUUUCCACACUGGGAACCGCUACUCUUUCGACAACAUUGUUCCAGCAUCCACCGGUGGCCUCCUUGUUACUCCACCAACUGGAGGACUUCGCCUCUCCCUGGACACGACCACCCCUGAGUACGGCGAGUUUGAGGAAUAUCCAGACAACACUUUUGACCCUGAUAACCAGGAGGAAGAUGAUGAUUAUCCUCUGACCGGCGGGGACCCUGAAUUCCAGCCAGCUCCUGCUGGUGGUGACCAUUCAGCAAGUCCUGAUGCUCCCUCCUCGCCCUCAGAGGAUUCUGGUCGUCAGGUGUCGUACGGCAGCGAAGAUGUACCGUUGACCUCUGAACCCAGGUACAGUUCAGAGCCAGCAGAGAGGCAGUAUGUUCCCCCUCAACAUCCAGAGAGAGGACAAGAGGGAGUUGCUGAGGAACAGCAGCCACAGGUUCCUCUGGAGGUGGUGGAUGUUUACCCCCCUCACAGAAAUGCACCACCUCUUUCCCCUGGAGGUCACGUGGUCAGUGUGGAUGAAGACGAUGUUGAUUUUGACACAGGAG